AUCUUCCAGUCUGCAUGUGCUCAGACCUCUCUUCAGGGAGGACUGCAACACAAACAGGACAAGGAUAAGAUGAAAACAUCAACAAGAGGAUCUGAGAAUUUGACACCAGCCAAUCUGCUGUGCAGUUCUCUUCCUGCAAGGGAAGCCAUCAUUACUGACCAACAGAAAGAGCUUAACACAGAUCAAGAGGCUUUGUGUGCUGCCGAUGAGUGUGUGCAAACUUUUAACAACACACCUGAAUGUGAAGGUCUCAGAUCAAUUCAUUCAACACCAAAGCCAUAUUCCUGUUCAGAGUGUGGGAAAAGAUUCUUCCAUAAAAGCAGUCUACAGGCACACAGAAGAAAACAUACCGGAGAAAAACCCCAUUGCUGCUCUGAAUGCGGCAGGCGAUUUUCUGACAUUUACAGUCUCCAAAUCCAUAUGAGAAUCCACACUGGAGAAAAGCCCUAUGGGUGUGCUGAAUGUGGCAAACGAUUCAGUAAAAGUGGCACUCUCCUGAGACACUCAAGAAUUCAUACUGGAAAAAAGCCAUAUGGCUGUUCUGAAUGUGGCAAACGAUUUUGUGACAGUUACAGUCUCCAAAUCCAUACAAGAAUCCACACUGGAGAAAAGUUGUAUGGGUGUGCUGAAUGUGGGAAAGGAUUCAUUAAAAGCAGCCACCUCCAGAGCCACACAAGAAUCCAUAAUGGAGAAAGGCCAUAUUUCUGCUCUGAAUGUGGCAAACAAUUUACCACCAGUAGCCAUCUUCAGAGGCACACCAGAGUUCAUUCUGGAAAGAAGCCAUAUUGUUGUUGUGAAUGUGGAAAACAAUUUUCUUUCAGUUACAACCUCCAAAGGCACACAAGAAUCCACACUGGAGAAAAGCCCUAUGUCUGUGCUGAAUGUGGGAAAAGAUUCAUUGACAGCAGUGCUCUUCAGAACCACAAAAGGAUUCAUACUGGAGAAAAGCCAUUUUGCUGUUCUGAAUGUGGAAAACAAUUCACUGCAAAAAGCACUCUUCAGAGGCACAUACAAAUCCAUUCUGGAGCAAAGCCUUAUGGGUGUUCUGAAUGUGGCAAGCGGUUUCUGGACAGUUUAGGUCUCCAAAGACACACAAGAAUCCACACUGAAGAAAAAAAGAGAAAAGCAGACAAUUUGGAGGGAGGGAAAAGUUUUACAUGGAGCAUGGCCUCAGCUGAAGUUGAUGACAUGGAUCAAGUAACAGCACACAUUAAACAGGAGGACUGUGAGUACGGCAUACCAGAGGUGGUAUGUGUGAAGCUGGAGGAUUGUGAAGGAGGACUUUCGGUUUUAAAAGAGGAGGAGACUGGUGACAUUAAAGUUGAGGAUUCCAAGGAUUUCUCAGUUAGUCUUGGAGUGCAGAUGCAUGAAACUGGGAACAUUUUCAACCAAGACGUUUCUGAAGAUUCUCAUUCCAGUUUACCAUCCUGGUUCAGUAAUGCGGAAAACCUGGCAACCCUACAGAAUUCCAUCAAGCUGAAAUCUGAGUUCUCUGAAUUUGAAAUGAAAAUUGGUGAAGGAAAUGGGGGAGAAGAAGAAGAGCAGCAAUCAUCUAGGAGUGUAGGAAUAAAUUUCCAAGAGAGUGGUAGCUCCUCCUUGCCUUCAUUUGCUCAGCUGUCUGUUCGGUGCAGACUACGCCAUAAACUAAACACGCAGAGGAUGAAGAAAUCAGCAGUAGGAUUAGAACAUUUGACAGCAGCCUCUUUGCAGAGUUGUUCUCCUCCAGUUGUCAAAAAGAGAAGGAAAGGAGCUAUCAACACUGAUCAUCAAGUGUGUGAACGCAUUGUCCAAACUGGAGAGAAGCCCUAUUGUUGUUCUGAAUGUGGUAAACAAUUCUCAUUACUAAGCUAUCUUCAGAGACACAAAAGAAUCCACACUGGAUGGAAGCCCCAUUGUUGCUCUGAAUGUGGUAAACGAUUCUUAGUACUAAGUAAUCUGCAGAGGCACAAAAGAAUCCACACUGGAGAGAAACCCUAUUCUUGUUCUGAGUGUGGCAAACAGUUUGCUUGCAGUAGCUCUCUUCAGCGUCACACAGUAAUUCAUACAGGAGAAAAAUCAUAUUGCUGUUCUGAAUGUGGCAAACAAUUCUCACUACUGAGCCCUCUUCAGAGGCACAAAAAAAUCCACACUGGAGAAAAACCUUAUUGCUGUUCAGAGUGUGGCAAGCGCUUCUCUGACAGCAGCAGUUUUCGACAGCAUACACGAAUGCAUGCUGGAGUGCAACCAUAUAGUUGUUCUGAAUGUGGUAAACGAUUCUCACAAAUAAGCCAUUUUAAUAGCCACAAUAGAAUCCAUAGUGGAGAAAAGCCUUUUUGUUGUUCUCAAUGUGGCAAAAGAUUCUCUGAUAAAAGUUCUCUUCGGUAUCACACUCUGAUUCAUACUGGAGAGAAGCCUUUUGGCUGUUCUGAAUGUGGCAAACAAUUCUCACUACUAAGCAAUCUUCAGAGGCACAAAAGAACCCACACGGGAGAGAAGCCAUAUUGCUGUUCUGAUUGUGGCAAGACAUUCUCAAUACUAAGCAAUCUUCAGCGGCACAAAAGAACCCACACUGGAGAGAAACCAUUUGGCUGUUCUGAAUGUGGCAAACGAUUCUCAAUACUAAGCAAUCUUCAGAGGCACACAAGAACUCACACUGGUGAGAAAAGAUGAAGCCAUAUUGCUGUUCUGAUUGUGGUGAAACGAUAUUCCAGUAAUAGCGAUUUGUUUAAACAUACAAAAAUGCACACUAGAGGGAAAACCUGAGUAUUGUUCUAAAUAUGAUGUCAAUUUUCAUUUUGAUGUAGGCUUCAUAUACACUGGGGAAUUUGCACUGGAAAUGAGGAAGCCCUGAGCAGUACGUGAGAAGGUGGAAAAAGGUGGGAGGAGUCAAAAAGUCACCUUUCUGGUUACUCGGGUAUUGAUGUGUAACUUCAGGCUGUGGGCUCCAUUGUGUAAAAUCCGUGCCAAAUCUAAUCAAAGUGUUAGCACUUUCAUAGUGUGAAAUAAUUAAAAAUAUAAAUUUAUACUUGCCACACCUCUCCUGGGAUUAAAAGGUGCCCACCCUUUGCCUUGGCACUUGGGUUGGUGGUAAUGAUUGGGCUACAUCACUCUUCAGUGUGGUGUCAGGUCACAUGAGCAGUGCUGCUGGGCCUUCCCCUCUCUUGAACCCGAACCGUUGAUAGUCGUAAUCGAGAUGAGCCGGGCCCAUGAGGACACACAUCAUAUGCUGCAAGGGUCAGUGCAAAAAGUGAAUUGUGCUUUUAUUAAAGCCAAAUCAAAAGCAGGCAGUGUUCAAAAUGUGCAGGGCUCUGUCCAUAAAAAACAAAUAACCCGAUAAGAUCUGAAGUGAUGGUAGAGGUUAAAACCAAAUCCAUUAAUCAAUCGAUAGGCUGGACACAGUCUCUUAACACUCGACACAUCCCUAUAGAGCCCAACGUCCCCUCUGCUUACCCCGCAGACGGAGGACACGUCCUGGCAACAGGGACAACCAAUGUUCUCUUCCAGGUUUGGCUCCAACCCUGAACCUCAUUUCUUCCUAGGCUUGGGUCCCUAAAGCCGCCUGUGACCCCAGCAAGGACGCCACGCCAAGCCUUGGUCUUGCAUGGAGAGUCGCUUGCAGGAGAACACACUCGGCUGAAGUGACCCUCUUCAGCCCCUGAGCAUCGGCCCAAUGCUCCUCUAAGGAGGCUCUCCUCCUGGCUCCCCUCCUUUAACCUCCAUCCUUUUUCUUCUCUGUUCUUUCAUCCUGUCUUCUCAGUGUUGUGUAGACUUGUUUAGAGUGUGGGAAAUGAGGAUUUGAUCCCCUGUUGAAUUUGUAAGUUUGCUAAUUUACAAAGAAAUGAACAGUCUGUAAUGUGCAUGGUUGUUCCAUUUUAAUGGAAUAUCAAACCAAAAAUCCAGAAAAAAAGUCACACUCCGUUAAAAGUUAUAAAUCGAUUUGCAUGUCAUUGAGAGAGAAUUAUUUGAUCCCAUACAACCCAGCAAGAAUUCUGAAUGUCACAGAUUGGUUGUGUGCCCACGUGGCACACACAUUACCAUCAAUCAUAUACUCCUGAUCUCAACUCGUGAUGUGUAUAAAGCAAACCAGUCCACAGAAUCAAUGUCUUCCAUUCCCACCUCUCCACCACCACCACCACGGGCAACACCAAAGAGCUGUCAAUGGACAUCAGGGAAAAGGCUGGAAUGGGCUGCAAGACCACCAGCAAUUAGCUUGGUGAGAAGGUGACAACUGUUGGUGUGAUUAUUCGGAAAUGGAAGAAAUGUAAAAUGACCAUCAGUCGCCCUCAGUCUGGAGCUCCAUGCAAGAUCUCGCCUCAUGGGGUGGUGAGGAUGAUCAUGAGAAAGGUGAGGGGAGGAGCUUGUUAAUGAUCUGAAGGCCGUCACCAAGACCACCAUUGGUAACGCAGUACUGCAUCGUAAUGGAUUGAAAUCCUGCAGCGCCCGCAAGGUCCCCCUGCUCAAGAAGGCCCUUGUGCAGGCCUGUCUUAAUUUUGCCGGUAAACAUCUCAAAUGAUUCAGAGAAGGCUUGGGCGAAUGUGCUGUGGUCAGAUGAAACGACAAUCGAGCGCUUUGGCAGUCAACUCGACCCGCCAUGUUUGGAGGAAGAGAAAUGCUGAGUUAUGAAGUUAUGACCCAAAGAACUCCAUCCCCCACAGUCCAGCACAGAGGUGGACACAUCACACUUGGGUGGGGGUUUGGUUGUUUUUUCUGCUCACCCCAUGAGGC